UCCCGGUUGAGGUGAAAGAAAACGCAUAUGAUGUCGAGAACACUGCUCUUAUCUGGCUUAGUAGCCAUGCUUAUGGCAUGCUCCCUUGCCAAACCACUGGAAGAACAAGAGGGCUACACUAAAACGAAAGUGCCUCAGAUCAAGAAAGUCGAGUUCAAUGGCGAAAUCCUUGAGAUCGCGGUAGAAGAAGUUGACCCCUUCCAUCGCCCGAUCCCAGCAGAUGAGGGCUUCUCCCCCAAUGCCUACGAAACAGACAUGAUGCUUAACCCAGAGCAGGAGGCAGCCUUGAGCGAUCCUAAAAACUCCCGUAACAAGCGAAAGGCCAUCAAGGAUACCACGAUGUAUUGGCCAAAGAAAAUCAUUAACUCAGCAACAGGCCAGCAUGUUAUCACUGUUCCCUAUGAAUUCAACACCGGGGUUGAUCAAACUGCCAUCAAGGCUGCUAUGGCUCACUGGCAGGAUCAAACAUGUGUCAGAUUUGAAACACAUAAUCCCUCAGUUCCUUCGCAAGACAGGCUUACAUUCAUAAAGGACAAUGGAUGCUAUUCAUAUAUUGGAAGGCAGUCAGGCUCUCAACCAGUUUCUAUCGGAGAUGGGUGUACUCAGCUCGGAACCGUUUCCCAUGAGAUCGGCCAUGCAUUGGGCUUCAAUCAUGAGCAGUCGCGACCCGACCGAGAUGAAUACGUCAUUGUCAACUUUGACAAUAUUAAAACAGACUACAAGAAUAACUUUGACAAGCGGACGACCAACGACGCCAUGACCAAUGUGCCUUAUGAUUACAGUUCAGCCAUGCACUACGGCCUAUACGGUUUCGGCAUAGACGCGAAGGUACCAACGCUUAUCCCUAAGGAUCCCUUAUGCAUGAAAGACAUCGGCCAACGUCUCCGUCUCAGCUAUCUGGAUGUCAAACUGGCUAACUUCAUGUACCAGUGCGACUCCCAUUGCGCAGGUGCCAGCUCCUGUCACACUGGCUACAGAGACAUGAACUGCAAAUGCCUAUGUCCAGAGAGUCACACCGGGGACUAUUGUGAAAUUGCCCGAAAUGUGCAAGCUGCUGAUCGCGUCACCUUGACAUCUCGAAGUGGUGAAGUAAGUUCUCCUAACUUUGAUGGAAGCACCGACUACGCCGUUGAUACAUCGUUCAUGACGUAUAUCAAGGGAAACCCCAAUGAGCAAAUCCGCUUGAAAUUCGAUGCAUUUGAUAUGGAAGCUUUUGAUACAUCGAGAAAUAAGUGCUGGGAUUACGUUAACGUCAGAGCAGGCAGUAGUUUGUAUUCUGAAGGAACGGAUUAUUGCGGGAAUACACUACCCAAAGAAAUAGUAGCUGACGAGAUCGUCCUAAGCUUCUACUCUGACAAAAGCGUUGCCAAAAAGGGAUUCCAUGGAACAUUCACCAGAGAGUCAAUAUCAGGAGGAGCUAUUACGUGUCCUGUUCAGAAGAAGACAUGUACAGGAACCAUUACCCUCGCAGCAGGAUGCACCGCCCAGAUUACGUCGCCCAGUUACCCAUCUCAAUACCCCAUCGAUUCGAAAUGCACCUACACCAUCAACUCCCCAAACAACCAGAUCGAACUUGCCUUUGAUAACUUCAACACGGAGCAAAAGUAUGACACCGUGAAGGUCACGACAGACGCCGGUGUGAGCAGGUAAGAUUAUGCUUCAACCAGGGGGGCGU